GACGCAGAGGAGGACAGGAUGGCGGCGGCAGCUGCACAGGGCGGGCGAAGCGGUGGUAGCGGAGGUAGUAGUGGGGUUGGCGGUAGUUCCAGCUGCGGGACAGGCAUUGGCCGUAGUGGCUGGUUGGAUAAGUGGAAGAUAGACGAUAAGCCUGUAAAAAUUGACAAGCGGGAUGGAUCGGCCGUGAAAAACUCUUUGGAUGACUCUGCCGAAAAGGUACUUCUGGAAAAAUACAAAUAUGUAGAGAAUUUUGGUCUAAUUGACGGUCGCCUCACCAUCUGUACAAUCUCCUGUUUCUUUGCCAUAGUGGCUUUGAUUUGGGAUUAUAUGCACCCCUUUCCAGAGUCCAAACCCGUUUUGGCUUUGUGCGUCAUAUCCUGUUUUGUGAUGAUGGGGAUUCUGACCAUUUAUACCUCGUAUAAAGAGAAGAGCAUCUUUCUCGUGGCCCACAGGAAAGAUCCUACAGGAAUGGAUCCUGAUGAUAUUUGGCAGCUGUCCUCCACUCUUAAAAGGUUUGGUGACAAAUACACCUUGAAGCUGACGUUCAUCAGUGGGAGAAAAAAGCAGCAGUGGGAAGCCGACUUUAAGUCCAUUGCUAAGUUUUCUGACCACAGUGGGACACUGGUCAUGGAUGCAUAAGAGCCUGAAAUAUCCAGGCUCCAUGACAGUCUUGCCACAGAAAGAAAAAUAAAAUAGCCAAUUCUAAAAGUA